CAGGCAACAGCGUCAAGGGGAAAGAAUUCGAAGGAGAACAAAGCAGAAACUGAAACAACGGAUUGAAGAAUUAGAGGCGCAAAUCCAAAAAGUUAAGAGCAAAGCUGAAAAAUAUAAGAAGAGGUACUAUAGAGCCAAGGAAGGAAGUUCAUCGAAAUCACCGCGUGCAAGAGUCAAGGCGAUGUUGGGACGUCAAAAUGUGAAUUCCACCGUCAAAAGAGCUCUUCUUUUCAAUCAAUCAAUUAUUGAAAACAUUAGAACAAAAUAUGGCACUGCAAAAACAAACAGAGACAAGCAGUUAAUCACAAAAGUCCUCAGUGGAAACAUUCUCAGAAAAUACAAGCUCCAAAAGUAUGCCAGGGAAUCCUUCGGCUACUCAAAGAAGAGAGAUCCGUAUACUGAGGAUCUAACCUACCAUGCGAGGAGGUGCAGUAGACUUCGUAGUGAGAUUAUGAAGACCACUACAUCAUUCUUUCUCAGAGAUGAUGUCAGUCGAAUGACAACAGGCCGGAAACAAACAGUCACGCGACUGAAGAAAAAGAUGCAGAAGAGGUUGCUUACCAAUACAAUGAAGAACUUGCAUAGGAAGUUUCUCUCUGAGCACAUUGGCGACGUGUCAUACACCACCUUUUGUCGUCUCAGACCCUUUUGGGUGGUAACCCCCUCGUCCUCUGACCAUGACACAUGUCUCUGCAAAAGACAUGAGAACUUGCAAUUCAUGGCUAAUGCCUUGCAGAGCCAAGGGUUGCUGUCCUCAAGAAACAUUGAAGAAAUGUCUGAAGCAACCAUGUGUGACCCGAAAGCCAAGACUUGUGCUUAUGAGUUACCUGAGGACAUCAUGCAAGUGUUGGUGACUAAAGAAGACAUUCCCUGGAAUUCCAGUCGGGACCAGCAGGACUUGGAUCAUCUACACAUAAAAAAGGAAGAGGAGGAAGUCUGUACCGGGCGGGAAGAUGAGCGGUUUAACCAGCUUGAGGACACUGAUACCAGGUUACCGUUCACUGUUGUCAUUGUGAAGAGUGAAGAUGAGGAAGAUGAACCUCAGUCCUCAAAGCUUCAUCAGGUUAAAACUGAAGAUGGCACAGACAAAGCACCUCCAUCCAGCAGCUCAGACGAGCAGAUGAAGACAGAAACUCAUGGAGAGGACUGGGGAGGACCACAACCAAUAAUGAACCCUGAUCUAAAUAUUUAUUUCCAAAAAAAUACCACUCUAAAGAUCUCAGACUCCUCUGAGACCGAAGUCAGUGAUGAUGACUACUGGCGCAGGUCUUCAGAUUUUGGACCUGAAGCAAACAAUGCUGAUGAUUUCUGGGAACAGACCAUGUUACCUGGUGCAGGUGUGAACCCCGAUGCAGGAUGCAGCGCUGCCAAAAAGCCCCUCGUCUGCUCUGAUUGUGGGAAACAUUUUCCAUACAAGUACUACCUAGAGAAACACAUGAGAGUGCACACGGGAGAGAAGCCGUUCGUCUGUGGGACCUGUGGUAAAAGCUUCAGCCAAAACCAGAACCUCAACGCUCACAUGAGACUCCACACGGGGGAGAAACCUUUCGCCUGUGAAGACUGUGGAAAAAGAUUCAACCUCAACACGCAUCUGAAGACCCACAUGAGAGUCCACACCGGAGAAAAGCCCUUCGCCUGCGACUAUUGUGGGAAGAGAUUUAGCGUGCAGGUGACUCUCUCAAAGCACCUGAUGGUCCACAGUGGAGUCAAACCAUUCAUCUGUCAUAUUUGUGGCAAACGGUUUCCACGGACGAACGAGCUCAAGACGCACAUGAGGACGCACACGGGCGAGAAGCCGUUCGUCUGUGGCACCUGCGGGAAAGGAUUUUGCCAAAACUCAAAUCUGAAGUCGCACGUUAAAGUCCACACGGGAGAGAAACCCUUCAGCUGCGAGGACUGCGGCAAAAGAUUUCGCGAGCGGAGAAAUCUCACCGAACACGUCAGAGUCCACACCGGAGAGAAGCCGUUCGUCUGUAAGGACUGCAGUAAAGGAUUCACACGUUCAGAAGCUCUGAAAAAGCACAUGGAUGUCCACGCCAGAGCCAAAUCAUUCAGCUGUCACGACUGUGGAAAAAUGUUCCACCAGGAGCCGAAGCUGAGGAGUCACAUGAGAAUCCACCUGGUGGAGAGAGAUCCGGCUUGUUGUGAAAACUGA